AUGUCUCCUGAAUAUUUCAUGGACGGGCUCUUCUUGAUCAAGUCUGAUGUCUUUAGUUUUGGUGUUCUAGUGUUGGAGAUCAUUAGUGGUAAAAAGAACAGGGGAUUUUAUUAUUCAAAUAAUGAGCUAAACCUCCUAGGACAUGCUUAGAAGCUGUGGACAGAAGGAACAGGGUCGGAAAUAAUUGAUCCCUCCGUUAGGGAUUCGUAUUUCCCCUCAGAGGUGUUCAGAUGCAUGCAAGUUGGACUUUUAUGCGUCCAAGAGCAUGCGGAAGAUAGGCCUACAAUGUCGUCUGUUUUUUAA